AUGACGAAGCCUAAGAAGGACGUCAAGUUCAACCAUCGCGAGCGAAGAUUGAGCAAGAGCAGCAUGUCCGACUUCAACUACGAAUCGCCGAAUGAUGAGCGAAGCCCGAGCAGACACAAAGGAGCGAAGAGUCCCACGAGGAAUGGCGCACUCAGCAAACAGAUCAGCAACGACCGGCCGUUAGUCGAUAGAACCGACACCACGCAGAGCGGCUGGGCAACAGAAAAUGAGGACGAGAAGCCAAAAGCGCCGGAGCUCACUGAAGGCCAGAAGAAGUUCCAAACUUUCGUGACCCGAUCGAUAUGGACCUUCGUCAUGAUAGGCGUCUUCUUCGCGUCCAUGUUCGCCGGCCACAUCUACAUCAUCAUUCUGGCUACCGCAGUACAGAUCAUAUCGUUCAAGGAAGUUAUCUCGAUCCAAAACGUUCCCAGCAGAGCAAGGUCGCUACGCUUCACCAAGACGCUCAACUGGUACUUUCUUGGCACGACCAUGUACUUCCUGUACGGAGAGAGUGUGAUAUACUACUUCAAGCAUAUCGUGCUCAUUGACCGCGUGCUGCUGCCAUUUGCAACGCACCACAGAUUCAUCAGCUUCAUGCUUUACAUCAUUGGCUUCGUCUUCUUUGUCGGCUCCCUACAGAAGGGACACUACAAGUUCCAGUUCACACAGUUCGCAUGGACACACAUGGCGCUGUACCUGAUUGUGGUGCAGGCUCAUUUCAUUAUGAACAACAUCUUCGAGGGCAUGAUCUGGUUCUUCCUGCCCAUCAGCUUGGUCAUCAUCAACGACAUCUUCGCAUACAUUUGUGGUAUCACAUUUGGCAGGACACAACUGAUCAAGAUCUCCCCGAAAAAGACUGUCGAAGGCUUCGUUGGUGCCUGGAUCUGCACAAUCAUCCUUGGAUUCUUCUUCGCCAACCUUCUAAUGCGAUCCAAGUACUUCGUCUGCCCGGUCAACGAUCUUGGCGCGAACAUCUUCACUGGCCUCGAGUGUGAAGUCAACCCAGUCUUCAUCGCAAAGACAUACCACAUUCCCUUCAUCCCACACACCUGGGACUUCCUGCCAACGACCAUCACAGUGGCACCUAUGCAGUUCCACAUCAUGGCGUUCGCAACAUUCGCCUCACUCAUCGCCCCCUUCGGAGGUUUCUUCGCAUCUGGCUUGAAGCGUACCUUCAACAUCAAGGACUUUGGCGACUCAAUUCCCGGACACGGCGGCAUGACCGACCGCAUGGACUGUCAAUUCGUCAUGGGCUUCUUUGCCUACAUGUACUACCAGUCCUUCAUCGCCCUGCACAAAGCUAGUGUUGGUAGCGUUAUUGAGACCGCAAUCACAGGCUUGAGCCCAGAGGAGCAGAUUGCUGUCGUGAAAGGACUUGCGCAGCACCUGUACAACCAAGGUGCAGUUAGCCACAAAGUGGUGGAAUACCUUGGCCAGAACCUGCAGGUUGCGCUCAAGCGAUGA